AAAUCCGCCAGAGACAAAGCCCGCCCAGACCUCAUCAAGGUCCUAACUUACAAUUCUGCUGCCGCCGUGGAAUGGCUGCAGGAUGUCUUCAACCUUGAUCUGACACUCGUCUCCCGCCUGGGGUGAGUCCUCCUUCGUCAGCGUUUCUGUAGCCUUGAUCGCCUAUGCUGACCUGCCUAGUGGUCACUCCCAGCCCCGCACACACCGUGGUCACGAUGCCAAGUUCCCCGGAAUGGCCAUCACCUACGCCCUCAUGCAACGGCUAGAAGAGCUCACCGAGGCGGAGCCCGACCGUGUCCAGAUUAUCAAGAAAGCCCGCGUCACCUCUAUCAACAAGUCCGGAAACACUGUUACGGGUGUUACCUAUGAGUACGACGGUGAGACGCACACCGCUGAUGGUGUGGUCGUUCUGGCCACAGGUGGCUAUGCUGCCGACUUUGGUGAUGGGUCUCUUCUCAAGCAGCACCGCCCAGACACUUUCGGUCUGUCCAGCACCAACGGUACCCAUGCCACGGGCGAUGGUCAAAAGAUGUUGAUGGAGAUUGGCGCGAACGGGAUUGACAUGGACAAGGUCCAGGUGCACCCUACUGGUCUGGUCGACCCCAAGGACCCCACCGCCAAGUUCAAGUUCCUGGCUGCCGAGGCCCUUCGUGGUGAGGGUGGUCUCCUCCUCAACUCGGACGGUGAGCGUUUCUCCGAUGAGUUGGGUCACCGUGACUACGUUUCCGGGCAGAUGUGGAAGGAGAAGGAGAAGAACAAGUGGCCUAUCCGCCUUGUGCUCAACAGCAAGGCCUCGAAUGUGCUUGAUUUCCACACUCGUCACUACUCCGGUCGUGGCUUGAUGAGGAAGAUGACGGGCAAGGAGCUGGCCAAGGAGAUUGGCUGCGGCGAGGCUGCUCUCAAGAAGACCUUCGACGACUACAACGCCAUCGCUGAGGGCAAGAAGAAGGACCCCUGGGGCAAGCGUUUCUUCCACAACCUGCCAUUCAGCAUCGAUGAUGACUUCCAUGUGGCUCUCAUGGAGCCCGUCCUCCACUUCACCAUGGGUGGUAUUGAGAUCAACCAGCACGCCGAGGUUCUCAACAGCGAGAAGCAGCCUUUCGAGGGACUCUACGCCUGCGGUGAGCUUGCCGGUGGUGUUCACGGUGCCAAUCGUCUAGGUGGUUCCUCUCUCUUGGGCUGCGUUGUGUACGGCCGUGUUGCCGGUGACAGCGCUAGCCAGUACCUCUUCAAGCGUCUUCUCUCUGGUGGCGCAUCGACUGCCCAGCAGCGUCUGGGCCAGAUCUCUCUGCACAUCGACCCGUCGACCCCCGGCAAGAUCGCCGUCGAAUGGACUGGAGCCGGUACUGGUAGCGGUCAAAUCUCUGCGGGUGCCGGAACUCCUGCUGCUUCGGCUCAGGCCGCGAAGUCUAGCGCCACUCCCGCGGGGGCCCCGGAGACUGCCAAGCCCAACAGCCCGGCCAAGUUCAGCAUCCCUGAAAAGGAGUAUACCAUGGAGGAGGUUGCCAAGCACAACAAGAAGGAGGACCUGUGGAUCGUGGUUAAGGGGGUUGUAUUAGAUGUCACUAACUGGUUGGACGAGCACCCCGGCGGUGCCAAUGCUCUGUUCAACUUCAUGGGUCGUGAUGCCACCGAAGAAUUCGCGAUGCUCCACGACGACGAGGUAAUCCCGAAGUACGCCGCCCACAUUGUCAUUGGCCGGGUCAAGGGACAGACCCCUAGCCUAGAGCUAUGAUAGAGUGCGGUAGA